CGGGUAAGUGCCUCCCCUGGGGCUGCAUUCUAAUAAGCUAGUCCAAAAUAGUUCGUGGAAUACAUCUUGAUGUAUUGAAUCGCAUUGCAAAAACAAGCUACUUCUUCGCAUUACGCGUCAUGCGAGAGCAUUCAAACAGGACUCAGUGUACUGCUUUUUCUGUUACAUUAGUAAUAACAGCAGCAUUGACUGAAGACAGCAGGAGCGCAAGACAACGCUUGUAUCUCUGAGUGCAGAGCCAACGGAGGAAUAUUUUAGCUUUUAUUUACUCUACGGCUUGUUGUUCAUUUUUUCUGCUUUAUGGUUACUUGUACAGUCACGUGUGAAGAUUUCUUGAAGCUGAACGUACACCGACUUCUUCUCACCUGGAGGCUCUUGUUUUCCUAUAGGAAAUAACGCUGCGUUUUGAUCCUCUACAGACAUCUCUGGACUGGAGUCCUUCCCAUCCUGAGACAGACGGACAACAACCACACGUUUUCACCCUCAGGGAUGAAAUAUGCAACGGCUGUGAGAAGAGCACCCACAUUCUGAAGUCCAAAGUGGUUUUAAGUCAUGAUGCAGGAGUCGGCCACAGAGACAAUAAGCAACAGUUCAAUGAGUCAAAAUGGAAUGAGCAGCCUGAGCAGCCUAUGCAGCCAAUUAGAUGCUGGCAGUAGAGAUGGAAGAUCAAGCGGUGACACGAGCAGCGAAGUAAGCACAGUCGAGCUGCUGCAUCUCCAACAACAGCAGGCCCUACAAGCAGCGAGGCAAUUACUCUUACAACAGCCAGGCAGUGGCCUGAAAUCUCCAAAGAACAACGACAAACAGCGUCCACUGCAGGUGCCGGUGUCGGUGGCCAUGAUGAGUCCCCAGGUGAUCACCCCCCAGCAGAUGCAGCAGAUCCUCCAGCAGCAGGUCCUAUCCCCUCAGCAGCUCCAGGCCCUGCUCCAACAGCAGCAGGCUGUCAUGCUGCAGCAGUACUGUGCGAGGCCAUUUAAAGUCCAUAUGGAGAAGACAUGGCGGGAGAGCGAGACUACACAACACCUGCAGGAGUUUUAUAAGAAACAGCAGGAGCAGCUGCACCUGCAGCUUUUACAACAGCAGCACCCUGGAAAGCAAGCAAAAGAGCAACAGCAGCAGCAGCAGCAUCAGCAGCAGCUCGCCGCCCAGCAGCUCGUCUUCCAGCAGCAACUCCUCCAGAUGCAACAGCUCCAGCAGCAGCAGCACCUGCUCAACAUGCAGCGCCAGGGCCUGCUCUCCCUGCCCCCGGCCCCAGGACAGGCAGCCCUCCCCGGGCAGACCAUGCCACCAGCUGGACUGAGCCCAGCAGAGCUCCAACAGUUGUGGAAGGACGUGACCGGCGGCGGCCACAACAUGGAGGACAACGGCAUCAAACACAGCGUCGUCGGCGGCGGCCUGGACCUGACCACUACCAACUCUUCCUCGACUACCUCCUCUACCCCUUCCAAAGCAUCACCUCCCAUCUCUCACCACUCCAUCGCCAACGGCCAGUCUCCCGCGCUCAAUUCCAGAAGAGAGAGAGAGCGAGAGAGGGAACGGGAAAGGGAGAGGUACGGAAACUCAUUACAUGAGGAAAGUGGAGCCUCCCACUCCCUCUAUGGUCAUGGGGUCUGCAAGUGGCCCGGCUGCGAGAGCGUCUGUGAGGACUUCGGACAGUUUUUGAAGCACCUUAACAAUGAGCAUGCUCUAGACGACAGGAGCACGGCCCAGUGUCGAGUCCAGAUGCAGGUGGUACAGCAGCUAGAGAUACAGCUUUCUAAAGAACGUGAGCGUCUUCAGGCGAUGAUGGCCCACUUGCACAUGCGGCCCUCGGAGCCCAAGCCAUCUCCAAAACCUCUGAACUUGGUAUCGAGCGUCACCAUGUCGAAGAACCUGCUGUCGGUGUCCCCUCCGAACGUACCUCAGACCCCCACCACGCCCAGCGCCCCCGUGACACCCAUGUCCCAGGUGCCCCAGGUGCCCUCCCUGCUCAGCGCCGCCAACGUCCCCAGCAUGGGCGCCAUGCGCAGACGUCACUCCGACAAGUACUCCAUGCAACUGUCUUCAGGUGGUGACACAGUAUUUAUUUUUCCAGAGAUCGCCCCAAACUAUGAGUUUUAUAAGAAUGCCGAUGUCAGACCGCCAUUUACUUAUGCAACCCUCAUAAGGCAGGGUAUCAUGGAGUCGGGCGACAUGCAGUUAACGCUUAAUGAAAUCUACAGCUGGUUCACGCGCACAUUCGCUUACUUCAGACGCAACGCAGCUACUUGGAAGAACGCCGUUCGCCACAACCUCAGUCUGCACAAGUGCUUUGUGCGUGUGGAGAACGUGAAGGGGGCCGUGUGGACGGUGGAUGAGAUGGAGUACCAGAAACGCAGGUCUCAGAAGAUAACAGGGUGUAGAAGCCCGACGCUUGUGAAGAACCUUCCCUCCAGCCUGGGCUAUGGAGCUGCUUUAAAUGCCAGCUUACAGGCGGCGCUGGCUGAGACCUCCCUGCCUCUGCUGGGGAACCCUGGUCUGAUGAACAGCAGUUCGUCUGGCUUGAUGGGAGGCAGUCCUCCUGGUCUAAUGGGCGGGAGCCCCCCUGGUAUGCUCGGCGGUAGCCCCCAUGGAUUGAUGGGUGGUAGCCCACAUGGAUUCAUGGGCGGGAGCCCCCAUGGGUUGAUGGGUGGCAGCCCCCCAGGAAUGAUGGGAAGCAGCCCCCCAAGCCUGCUCCAGUCCGACUUGAAUGGAUCGCUGGAUCACCUGGACACCAACGGCCACAGCAGCCCUGGAGGAUACUCCCCACAGGCACACAUGCAAGCGAUCCACGUCAAGGAGGAGCCGUUGAACAUGGACGACGAUGACUGUCCGAUGUCGCUGGUGACGACAGCCAACCACAGCCCAGAGCUAGACGACGACCGGGAGCUGGAGGAGGGCAACCUAUCAGAUGACCUGGAGUGACUACUGGAGUCCCUCCCACUACUACAGGCCCCUCCCUCCACCUCCGUCACACUGUCCUCCUACCUGUUUCCUCACAGGCUGUCCUCCUAGAACCUGCUAGAACCAGAACCACUCCUCACCCAGAACCAAACAGAACCAACAGAACAGACCAUAGCUGACUCUCCUCCCUCCCGACCCGCGGACUGGAGUAUUUAUUGAGCAUGCAUCCGGAAGACGAGGCCCAAAGGAACUCUUUGUUGCAGCCCUAUGGGAUCCCUGACUGAACAUGACAGGCAUGAGAUGUCUGGUUUUUAAAACGACUUUCAGACCUGUUUCAUUAAGAUGGCUUGGCCACUACAUACACACAGACACACACAGAGGCUCAUGGACGGAAAACGACGAAAACACGAGUCUGGAAACCCGUUCUGUAGAAAGCUAACGGCCUCAUAUACUGCCAAAAAAAAGAUGUUUAAUUUUGUGAAUAUCAAAAAACCCUCACAGUAGUUGUUGAUGUUAGAAACAAUUGCUGGUUCAAUUCAAACGUUGUUGCUCUGUCCAUCAUUUGCACAGGAGUAGUAUCAGAAAUUAGUGUCACUGCCUGUAUGUUGCAAAAAUUCGAAAAAAAAACAGUAUUUUCUUUUUUUUCUUCUUUUUGCGUUCUACUUUUUGUAUUCUGAUUUCUGGCACCACCAACUGUAAAUGCCAUUUCCUAUUUCCCAACAGUAACAGAAGCACGGUAUCAAGACUGUUGCAGCUGUCAAAAAAGUAGGCUUCCAGUCUGAACCUGUUUGUGAUGAAAAGUAAUUAACGUGACAUUAAGUUUGAAAAACGUAACUGUUUGUGUAAAGCACCAACCAAUACGGGAAAGAAAUGCAUUUCUGCAUUUUCUUCUGCUGUUCUCUUUUACCUCCUUGUUCUAAAGCUUUGUCUACCUGCAAACAGUCACAGGCAACAGCUAGAAACCAAAGCCAACACUAUCAAUGGCCAAUAGCUUAGACAGAAGCCACCAGACUCUUUGGUCAGCCUUCUGUGACUUUAACUAGUACAAAGAGAAGCUUUCCGCAAACUACCUUCUAAAUAACCUCUGGGAUCGUUUCAUUUAGCCCUGUACAAAGAUGAUUCAAGAAAAAAAAUAGAAAAAAGAUUUUGAUGUGUAAUUUGAUAACUUGUAGUGUCCACUUGGAGUUUAGGGCGAGAGAGGAGAGGAGAUGUGAUAUGUAACUACAGGCUAUGUGAUAGGGACCGGUAGAAAGCAGCUCUACUGUAAAAGUGGAUCAUGACCAAAAUGAACAUUUGUGUGUUCAAUGGAAGUGCAGAAAAUUGUGUUGUUGUGUAGAUUGUUUUUGAUUUUUGAUUUCUUUGUUUUUGUUUUUGAUUUUCCAUUACCCAUCAUGUCAUAGUUUUCUCUAAUCUAGUGAAUAUGUAAUGUUCAGUGGGACUGUCAAAUAUGUCAUGUCUGAUUUCCGUGCGGUUUGUUUAGAGCCGCGUUUAAAACCGAAACUGAAAACAUAGUAACCAAACAUUUAAAAUAUCUAGUAAAGCCAAAUAAGUCAUAAUUUCAAGUUGAUAUGAAAUGAUGUGGCUUGGUUAUCACGUAAAAGCAAAUAAUAUAGCCAUUGUAGAAGAGGGAUAUCAAAGGUGAAAAGAAGCCUUUUCUAAGGGAUAUUUGCUUUAUUCUAUAGUUUAAAUACUUCAUUGUCUAAUUCAUAGCUUCUUAACUAUAUAGAUACAGUCAGUGGUAGCAUAGGAGAAGCUAUCUUUAACUGCACUGCAUUCUGUAUAGGGUAGGGACCUUGUAUAUCACAUUUGGGAUUCUAGUGGCAGGAACAGAAGUUAGUGAUUGUCAAAAAAAUAUAUUUCAUUUCUGUCAGAUAAAUGUCAUCUAGAAAAGUGGAUGGGGUUGCUUUAAUGGUCAUUUCCGUUUUCAGUCAAACCAAAGUUACACAAAAUUCUGCCUCUGGUUAUGGGAUAGACACUCUAGAAAUGACACACACACAAACCCUUUCAAAGGCACACACACACACACACACACACACACACACACACACACACACACACACACACACACACACACAAACACUCACAGUCCUGUGUUUUUGGUCUGCCAGCUUUCCUGGUCCUUGUUAUGGUAACCUUCAGAUGCAGAAAAACAGAUACUGUCAAAUAACUGACUGAGUUGUAUUGUAUUUUAACUAUCAGUGUGUGUCUGCUUUGUGCGUAUGUAUGGAAACAUACUGUGCAUAUAUGUUGUUUUCAAGUGUUGUGCCAAGCCAAAAAAGUUGGCUGCUAGAGCUUAGCGCACUACUACAUACAUAACCAAACACACAUGCAUAACCAAACACACCUUACACACACAGUCAUGCCAGUUCCACUUCAAGAGGGUGCUGGGCCCAGGAACAAAGCUUAUCCCUUAUGUACUUUGAUGGAGUCAGCAAAAUGACUUGAAGACAACAUUCAUAAUAGUCUUAUCACACCAAAUAUAAGGACACAGCGUCUUUCAAAAAAAAAAAAAAAAAAAGGAUUCUCCCACUUAACCCCAAAAAUGAAGGCUUUCUAAAAGGUUCUACCUCUGCACAACCAAUUCAGAACAAUUAAAUGGCAGAUUGCACGUCGAGUUAUUAGAAUGCCACAAGAGCUGUUACACUUUACUCAAUGGACAUGGCUCAACGGACAGUUUACAUUCCCAACAUCAGAUACGGAAGAAGAUUAGUAUUGUAAUAGGUUGUCCUCAAACAUUUGUAGAAUGAUAAUGUAAAAAUACCUUUAAGGGAAUAUUGUGUUUUAAAAUGCAUGUCUAAAAUAAUUUGGUGGACUGGAAAACAAUCAUUAACAGAUAAAAAUAAUAUAAGAAAUACAAAUGAUCCGGAGGAUGACCUAAAUGUAAGUACAAUGCAUAAGAAUGCGUACCUCAACUAUACUGUUUGGGAAGGAAAAAACUGUCAGCCACAGAAUGCAUAUUACCUGUAGAUUUUGCAUGGGUUUUGUAAAAAUAAAAAUGUCUAAAAUAGUUGCUUGCACAUAAUACCAGAAAGAUCCCAGAACUGCAAUCUGCUCCUCCACUAGAUUUUAGGAUUGUCUGGAUUUUCUGGGAUGAUUUUGUCUGUAUUUUGAUAACUGUGCAUACUAUGUAAAAAUGUUGGUGGACCCAUAAAAUUUACCAGACUUUUUUCUAAGCGAAGAAAAAAAAAAUCUGUGUUUCUUUUCUGAAUUUCAUGAUUUUUUACUGUUCUCUCAUUGCUCGCUAAGAAUAGCAAACCUGCUUUUUCUGCAUCUGCUUUGCGUAGCUGUAAGGCUUAACCUAAUGUGUGUAUUUAUUGCUUGUACCUCUGUGCAUACUUUAUGAAGCAUUAUGUCUGGCAGUUGAGUCAUGUAUACUUUCUACUACUAUCAUUCUCUAAUAAUUGGGAAUAUGAUCCCCCUAUGUAUACAGUAAAUUGGGACUGUAGCAAACACAUAUGUUUAUGUAAUUGGUGAAUACAUUUUAUGUUUUUUGUUUUAUUCCUUUAUGAUCGAGGUUAACUCAUUUUUGAUACCUUCAUUACCGUGUACUGUGUCCAUGCGUUAAAGAUUCUCUGACACUAGAAGGUCGUGGUUGAGAAUUGUAACAGUCGUUAUUAUUUUCUGUAUUCAUGGCUUUUCACUGCUGACUAAAAUAAAGGACCAAAACUAG